AUGGAUAACGUUUAUUACAUCAAAGCGUAUUUUACUAAACAAGGUCAAGAACAACCUGAAAUUCGCCGAUUCAAAAUCGACAUUUCAUCGCAAAACGAUGCUUAUCAGGAAUUACACGCAAAAAUUGCAUCAUUCCAAUCGAAUAAUGAUUUUACUCUUCAAUAUCUCGACGAAGAAAACGAACGUAUUACGUUCAAUUCGAACGACGAAUUACGUUCAGCAAUUGCUUUGACUGAAAAUGCAAAUACUCUUAAAGUAUAUGUUACGAGCAGUCAACCACUUCUUCGAGAACAAAAGGUGCAGGAAGCAGCCAAUAAAGAAGUUCAUGUUGGUGUUGAAUGCGAUAGUUGUAAAGGCCCCGUUAUUGGCUUUCGUUACAAAUGUUUCGUUUGUCCAAAUUAUGACCUAUGUGAGAAAUGUUCUGCAGCUGGCGUUCAUUCGGAACAUAACAUGAUCAAAAUAACUAAACCCGGAAAUCUCCAUCAUCCAAAUGGAUCUCAUCCGCACCCACACUCACGUCAUCAUCACAUACCACCACCACCUCACCAUCACAUACCACCACCGCCUCAUCAUCACAUACCACCACCGCCUCAUCAUCAUGUGCCACCACCGCCGUCAUUCUUUCCCCACCAGCAAUUUUUGGGCCAAGUUCAAUCUCAAAUUCCACAAUGGCUUCCUAACCUCCCAAACACUGCUCAUUUUCGAACGCAUCUGCAACAGCAUUUAGACACGAUUAAGACCAAUACGCAAAACCAUGUGCAAAAUUCAAGACAAUACCUCGAAAGUGUUGGGCAAUAUUUACAACAAACAUUGUCUCCAUUUGGUAUUGAUUGUGAUUAUCAUGUCGAUGAUGCAAAUCCAACACCAAAUCAGCAACAAACAACAGCAGCAGCAACUCAACAGGAAGAACAAACUACAACAGCCCAUGAUGAACCUUCACGAGAGCCUGAUGCUGUGCCUAAGUACCCUGAUUUAUCAUCAGAAGGCAAAACUAAUAAUGAAGAACUACCACCAACAAAACUCGAACAAGAAUCAACACCAAUCAGUAAUCCAAUUGAAAAAGCAAUUGAUGACUGUUUGGAAAAAAUGCAAGCCAUGGGUUUCGUUGAUACGAAUGGCGCAUUACGUGAAUUAAUUCGUUCGAAAAAUGGUGAAAUGAACGCGGUACUCGACGCCAUCAAUCCUCGUCAUUAUCAAGCAUAA